UCCUCUCGCUCAUAUGCGACGCGACUCCCGGAAAGGCCACCAUAUCGCGCCCCUGAUCCCCUCCGGGACAAUCCCCAUGCCACCUACGCCGAGCUCCAGGAGAAUGUAACGUUCAUCCAUCGACCUCCCCCGACCGCCCCUUCGCCGCUAUCAUAUACAACUUCACCUGCGUCGCCGCUCCUCAAGUCUUCCGGGUUCUCUACCACGGGGGACCUACCUCCCACAUUCAGCAAGCAGCACGAAGAGAAGCCGCGUCUCUCAGAUGAGGACGUCGCGCGCAUCCGUCAGCUGCGCAGGGAGGACCCGACAACAUGGACGCGUGGGAGGCUAGCAAAAGAGUUUAAUUGCACGCCGUGGUUUGUGGGCAAGAUCACGUCGCUCAAGGGUCCCGACAGGAGGAAGGCGAAGGAGACGGCGGAGGAAGAGCAUGCCGCAAAUCGCGCCAAGUGGGGGGAGAGGAAGUCGUUGAGCGUGGAUAUUCGGAAAAAGCGCAAGGAGUUUUGGUAG